AUGUCUUCAGCUCCCAGAAACCCUCCAUUCCGCGCAGAGCACCUGGGCUCGCUCCUACGCCCUUCCAAGCUCCUGAACAAACGCCAUGCUAUCCAGCAGAAGAAGGAAGGUGAAGAUGGCCUCCGCCCACUCGAAGACGAAUGCAUCAACGAGACUGUCAAGAUGCAGGCAGACUGUGGUUUCAAAGCCAUCAGCGACGGAGAAUACCGCCGGCACAUGUUCUGGGGCACCUUCUUCCCUACUCUCAACGGGAUGAAAGAGAUCUUCGGUCCUGAAGCAAGCAUCUUCCGCGAGUACGUGCCAGACAUUGCGGCUUUCUUGGAGGAAGAGAAGGUACCUGGCGAGAGCGUGAUUUGCGAUGGGAAGAUCAGCCACACUGGCAAGAGCUCGUAUAUUGGGCAGUAUGAGUACCUCAAGAGUAUCACGCCGAAAGAGCAGCAUGGACAGAUCAAGAUGACGCUUGCGGCGCCGAACUGGUAUCAUCUGAGGUACAAGGAUGGCAAGGCGUACCCUAAGGACGUCUAUUCGAACGAUGACGAGUACUUUGCGGACAUUGCGAAGGCCUAUCGGACUGAGCUGCAGAUUCUGUAUGAUGCUGGGCUGAGGAAUGCGCAGGUCGACGACCCUAAUCUUGCCUACUUCUGCUCGGAAAAGAUGAUCGAAGGCUGGAAGAAAGACCCAGCCAACACCCGCACCAUCGACGAGCUCUUUGACGCCUACAUCGACUUCUACAACGACUGCUUCAAAGCCCCAAAGGACAUGCAUAUCGGUAUCCAUCUCUGCAGGGGCAACUUCGUCAAUUCCCGCCACUUCUCUGAAGGCGGCUACGACCGCAUAGCCACGAAGCUGUUCAACAAGCUCAACGUCUCGACCUACUACCUGGAGUACGACACUUCGCGAGCCGGAGGGUUCGAACCGCUCAAGGAGCUGCCGAAGAACAAGAACGUCAUUCUGGGAGUCAUCACGAGCAAAUUCCCGGAGAUGGAGGAUAAGGAGGAGAUGAAGAAGAGGAUCUGGCAGGCGGCUGGCAUCGUGGCGGAAGGGACCGGUGAGAGCAAAGAGGAGGCAGUGAAGAGGCUGGGUGUGAGUCCGCAGUGUGGGUUUGCUAGCCAUGAGGAUGGCAAUCUGCUGGGAUGGGAUGAUAUGGUGAACAAGCUGAAGUUGGUCAGGAGUAUUGCGGACGAUAUCUGGCCAGGCGAGCCAUGA